UGCCUAAUGUUGUUGCUUCUUCUUCAACACCCUGCCAUUCACAUUGACUGUUGACCAACCAACGCGGCGCUAGCGCCAGAAAAUUCCUAUGCUGAUAAGACGCCCGUGUAUAAGUGGAAUAGAGAACGAGAAGUCACUGAGAGAGCGUUAACUGCUGGUAUCGCGAGAGUGAGCGUAAGCAAGAGAGAGCGACACGACGACGUGUGCUAUCGUCAGCUGUUUUAUGUUUUGAUUGUGUGCUUGGGAAAUAAUAAUCGCAAUCCCACAGGUUUUCAGCUUUGUUCUUGACGUUGACGUCGCACGGCGAACGCUCGAGCUCGAUCAGUACCGUUUGUGAAAUUGAAAAGCUAUCAACGGGUGUCGUCGCGUUCUAUUCAAAAAGGCGCACAAAGUUUCUUUCUGACUUUUUAUUAUCAGCACUUCUCACUGACUGACGUCGCAACUUGUUGUCAAACCGAAUAGUUGCGCUUUAUAUUAGUGUAUGUGUGUGUGUAUAUGAAUUGUGAGUGUGAAUGUUUAGUGUAGUGAAUUGUGAUUACUGCGCUUUAGCGUAAAAAGCGGGCGUGUUUGCCGUUAGAAAAAGUGAAGAAGAAGAAGCAGAAAAACAAGACCAAUGGCAAAUAACAAGAGCAAAAAGUAAAGCGGAAAAAAAGUUGAAAAAAUUAACGAAAUACAAUUCGCAAAAAUGCUGCGAUUUCAAUUCCGAUAAUUAAUAAAUAUCAACAAAAAGUAGAAAUUUCUAGCAUACACAAAUGCGUAUCAAUAAAAGUGCAAAUUGAAAAAGAAAUCAAAUUCAUAAAUACAAAAAAAUAGAAGUGUUAAUUGAAGUUUUCAACAGUGAAAUAAUUAGAUUGAUAAUCUUUAAAAAUAAGAUAUAACCAUACAGCUUUUAUGCAAAAUGUGUAAAUAAAAGGAAUCCUUGUGUUAACUUAAUUAACAUCUUGCAGAGUUCAAUUGUGAAUAAUGGUGAAAAGCCAACUAGAGAAACAGAAAACGGUUAGAAAACAAUAAGCUCAAAAGCAAUAACAGCACCUGGUCACACUACAAAACCAAAGCAACGACAACAGCAACAACAACAAGAAUAAUAACAGUAAAAAAUGAUGUUGAACAAAUACGAAAGCUACCAACGCACAAACAACAUGUUCCCACAUCACCAUCAACAACAACAACCCCCACAACACCAACAGCAGCUCUCGCAGUCGCUCUCACAGCAUCAACUGCAGUUACAGUCGCUGCCUCUUUCACUCUCUCAGCUGCAAUAUGCCGGCGGCAGCACAGACGCCAUUGGCGCUGGCAGCAACAGCGCGGCAGAGCUGGCAACAGCUGAGAUGCUGGCAUCGAAGGCGGAACGCGAAUCGAUCCAUUCGGGUCAAUUUAUGGUGUCGCACUUUGAGGCUGAGGAAGCCCAAGAUGAUCUCGAGGACGAUGGCGAGGUAAAAAUGCUCGAUCCCGAGGAUCCCAGCCUAGAUAAAGCUGGAGAAGAGACAAACACCUGUCGUGACGUUCAGCUCUACGUGCCUCAGACUGUGGUGCACUUUCCGCGCAUGGACUUGGAUCGUGACUGCGAUGAGAACAGCAUGGGCAUCACUUCCCAUCUGGAGAUCGAGACGUCGCUGACCAAGCUCUUUAAAUGCAUGAAUUUGGCCUACAGUCAAAAACUCACCUCCCCCAAGUGGAACCAUUUCAAAGGUGUGCGAUUGCGUUGGAAGGACAAAAUACGUCUAAAUAAUGUCAUUUGGCGAUGUUGGCACAUGCAAUUUAUACAAAAGCGCAGAACGCCGGUGUGUCAAUUCGCAUCGCCACUGGACGUUGACAUACAUAGUAAUCCUCAAACCGUUGUGCUUGAGGGAAAAUACUGGAAACGUCAUGCAGCUGUCAUUAAAGCGGAAUACAGAAAAUGGCGCAAAAAUUAUAAAUCAAAAGCAACUGGCUGCUUGACUUAUGAUUCGAAAAGUGAAUUGGACUUUUUGGAAUGGUCACCACUGAACGAUAGAAACUUGAUGCCAGACGACUGGACAACAGAUACACUGUUCUCGGCAAUAAAUGGACCUUUUCCCUUUCCCGAUUCUCGAGAAAUUGCGCGAGGAGCUGGCAUUGCGGAUUUUAUACAGCCAAGUCUAGGACCGCUGCAACCGAAUUUAGAUGACAUCGACAUUACGUUCUCAGAUUUGCUCACCACGAACUCUUCACGCUUGCCACCCGUGCCCGAGGAGGGCACCGAUGCAGAUAUGCUUAAGAACGAUGAUUAUUGCCUGCCAGCAAUUGUUGGCGCCCCACACACAUUGUACAGUCACGACAGUAUGAUGACUGUGGAUACGAAUAUGCUGGAGCUCAAUACACCCAUCAGUAACAUGCCCUUUACCGAUAUCGAGCAACAGUUUGCGGCUGCCCGACAAGUUCAGCAAUCGGCCAAUGAAGCUCAACAGCAACAACAGCAGCAAUUACUGGGCGAGAGUACCACAGGGCGUGGCCAUGUGACGAAGCACUUUGGUGCCAUCAACAGCAGUGCCAGCGAUAGUUUCUCGAUUAAGAGCGUCAUCAAUGGGCGCAUUGCCAAGAAUACACAGAGGCCGUUCCGACGCGAACCUCAUAACUAUGAUAAGGCUCAACCGACGCCGCAUCAGACGAACAUAUAUCAGCAGAUGCUUGCCGAUCAGCAAAAGAAUCAGCAACAGCAUAUGAUCGGUGGUGCGGUGUUACAAUCAUUUCAACCGGCUCAGCAGCAACAAUUGCAACAGCAGCAGCAACAGCACCAACAACAACAGCAGCAGCAGCAAACACGUCUGCAUUUUCCCACACAGCAGCAGCAAAGUUCUUAUAAUACGCAGAGUUUUCUCAGCACCUAUGCCGACAGCUAUCAGCAGCAGCAGCAACAGUUGUCUACGCAGCAGCAACAACAACAACAGCAACAGCAUAAUGUCAAAGUUGAGCCACACAAUACAGAUAUGUUAUCGUUAUUAAAUGACACCAGCUACAACUCAAUCAGUUACAAGCCGUAUCCUCAGUUUAAGAAAUCUGCAUCAACGGGUGCAUUUAUCAAUAUGCCACGCGUAUCACCGCAGCAGCAGCAGCAAGCGCAACAACAACAGAGUUAUCUACAGCAAGAUCAACAGCAGCAGCAGCUCCAGAUGCAGCAAUCUCUGCCCCUUGGAAUAUCUUUGAGCACACAGCAAAUCUUACAACUGACGCGCCAACAGUCAACCAACUCACAGCAACAACAGCAACAACAGCAGCAGCAGCAGCAACAACAACAGCAACAUGUGCAGCUGCAGCAGCAGACUGUGGCAAGUCUGCUGCUACCACAGCAGCAGCAACAACAACAGCAGCAACAGCAACCAGCUGUCAGUGUUGCUCCAUGGGCUACGCCCAAUACAACCAUAUUGCCCAAGGAAAUGCAUCGAUCAAACAGUCUGCCGCUUAACGUGUCGCUACCUAAACUCAUUCAUCACGAGCAGCAACAGUUUGCCGUGCCAAAAUACCAUGCAAAGGGCAAGUCCAGAGUGCGCAGCAACUCAAUGCACCAACAGCACACGGUGGUUGCAGCAGGCGGCGGUUCGCCAAUCAACAAUGGUCAUGGCAGCGUCAGCAACAGCACCGGCAACCUGCUAGUUGCACAGCAAAUGCAUCAGGCAACUAGCGAUCCUAUGCUCAACAGCACACUAGCUCAAUUGCUGACUAAAAGUACACGCCUGCAGGCAGCUGUGGCAAAUAAAACGCAGCCAAGUACCUCCACCAAUGCCAUAGCCAACAGUCAUAGCAGCAGCAAUGUAUCGCAGUCGGUUUACAUCAGCAAUGCUGCCACAUCGCCGCUGUCUGUGCCGGUGCCGGCGCAGCAACAUUCACCAAAGAAGACCGCCUCAUUGCCCGUGACCAUUGCCACACCCUCGCUGCACAGUCCGCCCGGCAGUAAGAUGCUUAGUUUUAGUCAGGGCACGACAGCGAACAUGGGCAGCAGCCUCAGUCUGUCGCCAGACUCACCGUUCCACGACUCUCAGGAUUCACCUUUGUCGCCAACGACCAGCCUCAAGUAUCAGCCACGGGACACUCAACGGCGUGCCGGGCACAUUCAUGCGGAACAGAAGCGACGAUAUAAUAUCAAAAAUGGAUUCGAUACGCUGCACUCGCUUAUACCGCAGCUGCAGCAGAACCCAAAUGCCAAGCUAAGCAAGGCGGCAAUGUUGCAAAAGGGUGCCGAUCACAUCAAACAAUUGCGACAGGAGCGCAAUGUGCUCAAGGACAAGAUCGAAGCACUGCGCAUGGAGCGAGAUGCACUCAACAACUCUCUUACGCAUCUGCAUUCGAUACUACCCGCAAAUGGCGCUCCGGUGACACGCCAGGGAACAGAGCACGUGCGUCAAUUGUAUGAGGUCUACGUACGUUACAAUACGAUGAACGAUUGGAAGUUUUGGAUUCUCGGUUUAAUUUUGGAGCCCUUGCUGGCCUCAUACACCUCGACAGUGUCCAGCGCCAGCUUAGAUGAGCUGCGUCGCACCGCUUUCCUAUGGGUCGAUCAGCAUUGUUCGCUUAUUGAUUUGCGACCCGCUGUUACGAACAAAUUAAAGUACCUAUCCAUGCACACGGAUAUCGUAUCGGAGCCACCGAGCACAUUGCAGGAGGAGGUGAACAAGGCUGUACAGAAUACCAACGGUCAGCAUCCUAAUCUGCAUGGCUCCUAACCUAUCUUGCUGCUCGUGAUAUGAAUUUAUUUCAACAAUUUUCAAACACCAUUGCUACAAUUUGUUAACAAUUUGGUCAAUGUCAAACCGUUCGCCUUGCUGUCUGACCAUAGCUCAGCAGUAAAAAGAAUUGUACAAAUCGCCUUUUAGGCUAAAAUUUAUUAUAUAUUUUGCAACGGAUGCAAUUGAUUAAUGUCUAACGCUAAACGCUCUAAAAGCCGACAGCUGUGAGCCCUCAGCAGCUCCCGCUGCAGUUGAAGUAGCGCAAUGCAGCAAAUAGUGCCUACAAUCUUUGACUUAAGUGUAAAAUAAACAAAGCGAUUUUACAAUUUUUUCAUACA